AUGCAUGAAGAGGAGCAAUGCAAAAAAGGCUGCAAGGGAUGCAGUGUGUGCCAGGAAAAAGGCGCAAGCAAAAAAAUAAGCAUAAGCGAGGCUUUUCUGUCAAAGGCCAUCUACACAAAAAGCCCGACGUACUACACAAACAUGUAUCUGGACAGGGGGGGCGGGGGCAGAGUGCAGUGCGCCUCCGCCUCCCGCUUUUCCGAGGCAUCUUCCGCAAGCUCUGCGGCGGGAGGCUUCUCGCACAUAAAGCCCAGGCACUCGGUAGAGUCUUUUAUUUCGUCAGUGGAGGAGAACGGACACUUUCCAGAGGCGGGGGCGGCCCCCAACGCCUCCCUGGGCGCAAGUAGCCCACGGCCCCCUGCGGAGUUUUUGUACUGUGCAAAGCAAACAAGCCCAAGCAGCGGGCGCCCAGGCCUUGGCGAGACUCCAAAGAAGAAGUCUGGGGCAGAAACCACGACGUUUUCCUUUGGCGGAGACGCAGAGGGGAGGCUUUGGGAAAGCGCAAAGCGCACGGGCCUGACCCAUGUGGCAAAUGCGGAGGAAAGCACAGUUGGAGCGCGCAGCACCCCGCGGGGCUUUGGGCAGGGCUCUGGGCUUCUAGGGGUUGUUUUGGGCUCUGGGCUUCCGCUGGGGCGCGGUGCAGGGACUCCGGGGCGCGCGCAGGGCGUUUCGGCGCACCCAGGCGAGCCCAUGGGCAGAGAAGAAAAGGCGCAGCAGGCAAGCCCGCGGGCCAGCAAGACGCUGAUUGCUCGGAAAAGCCCUGCAAGCCUGGCCGGUUCUGGGGCGUCUGAGUUUAGCGCAUUUUUGUCCGCGGAGCCUCUGCGCGCUCCCGGGCCUUCGUCUGCAUAUGGGGGCUCGUGCGCUGCGGGCCCAGAGCUGCAUGUGGGGAGAGCUGCCGGCGCAGGCGUGGGCGGGCAGCUGGGAGGCAGCUUUGGCGGGGUGUGGGCGGACCAUGCACCUCGGACGGUGUACAACCCGCUGACAGACGCCAGCGGCAUUGAGACUUUGAACAACCCGCAGCUGCGGCAUACACGGGUGCACUCUUCUGCGGUCCUUCCGCUUAUUGACUUUUCUGUGGACCCGGAAAAACAGCACGCCCAGGUGAAUGAGGUCCUGGGGCUGCCCAGAGUGCAGCCAAACCAUGCAGCGCUCACAAAAAGCAUUGUUGGCAUGGUCGUGUCAAACGGGGGCCUGCAGGCGAUUGACGAAAAAAACCUGUGGGGCGUGGUGUCGAAGGAGCUGGGGCAGAAGCCCGAUGAAACCCAGAGGCUGCGCAUGUACUACAUUAUUGUGUGCUACCCGUACGAGCAAGUUCUGUGCGCGCAUAGCGCACAGAGCAAGGAGGGCAGCGAAAUUGUGAUAGUGUACAUUGAGCCGAAAAAGUCAGACAUGUUUCCAGAGAUUGUGGGCUUGCUGGCAAAAAAGAAGAAAAUAGAGGCAAAAACGCAUAGGCGCAUCGAGCUGGUGGAGACAAGCGGGGUUUUGGAGGUCUGCGCGGCCCUGAACGAAAUGUAUGCAAACGGCGUGCAAUCCGAGCAGAGUUUGAAGAGCAUGCUUUUCUGCAUGAGGAGCGUUUCUUGCAGGUUUUCCGAGGCUCGGCGCGUGUUUUCGUGCCUGGAGCUUGCGCUUUUCGGGGUGCAGCUGCGCGAUAUCAUGGUGGAGUGGGCGGCCAACCGGGUCAAGGAGGCGACAGGCUGCGGAGAAAAGAUAGAGCAGGAAGUCAUAGAGGCGUAUGAGGAGAUGCUGGCUGACUCUUUGGAAAGAAGCAGGGACAGGCAAAGCGCCGAGCGCGGAGCUGCAGACGAAGGCGCACAGACCAACAGAAACACAGACGCCCAACGCGCACACAAAAAAGGCGAGUGUGCAAGCCAGCGCGCAAGCCCGCGGGUGUGCAAAUACCGGCACCAAAAUCUUAGCGCAGCGCAUGCAUCUCUAUUGCCCGAAACAGUACAUGCGCCCGAGCCGUGCGAAAGCAAGUGCACAGAGCACGAGCACUGCAAGAUAUACAGAGCCGUACGCUGCGACUGUGGCGAAAGCGUUCUGAAGCUGGACACCCGCGCAGAAAUGUGCUAUAGUGCGCUCCUGUUUUUAGCCAAAUCCACGUUUCUCCAUGUGUCAGACACAAGCAUGCCUCUUCUUGUGGCGGUUCUGGAACGGCUUCCGCCUGAGCUACUCACCUUUACACAUAGAUACAUAUACAAGGGGCUUCUGGCGCUUUGGAACAUUCUGAGAGAGAGCAAACGGCCUGGGUCGGCUCUGCGCCUGGACGGGCAUCUGCAGGCGCCUUGCUUUUUGAGGAUUUCCAGCGAAGUGGAGAGGCUUCUAGCUUCGUGCGUGCUUUCAAAAAGAGACAUUAUGUCAAUACUGUCCAACGGGCAGCUAGAGAUUGUUUUAAAGAUAGCAAGCACGCAAGAGGAAUUUAUUAUGCAUGCGCAGAGCCAGGCAAAGAGGCUUUCCGAAAUAUGGAGGUAUCUGCUGCUUCUCGUGUGCGAGGGUUUUUUUGCAAACUCUUUGGAGCACGUCGAGCAGACUGUGCAGGCAUCUUUGGACAGCCUGUCGGCAUACCUGCUUAAGCACUUUGUUGAUGCUGGCGUGUGCCGGGAAAUUCAGGAGAUCAUGUGCAUGCAGGACAGCCAAUGGGUUGUGGACGUGCUGGCCUGCGAGAUGCUUCCCGAGUCUGUCUAUCUGCUGUGCAACUUUCUGUUCUCGGUGUAG